AAAAGAGUUAAUAAGCGCGGCAUACAUGAUGGCCAACUUCUUAAUGUAAAAUUGGCGGCGUAACUUACAUUUCCACCGUAAGGUACAUUUUAUUUUGAACAAAAUACUCAAUAUGUUGGUGAUAAACAUUUUCAUCCACGCCACCUUGACAGUCGAGCUCCGCGUGCUCCGCAGACACGCGAGAUACUCGAAACAAACCCUGAACGGUCCUGCGGUACUAAUGUGGUUUACAUGUAGUUCAUGAUGGAUCUUCCGUGCGUUCAGUGGCAAGAUCACGUUGCGCAGAAAUGGAUCGGACUCGACCCCGAGCUGAAGGAAACCUUAACUUCCCAGCGUGAAAUAGAUGAGCUUUUCAAAUGUGCCCUAACUCUGACAAGCCAAGAUGAUCUAGACUUGGUGAAGACGAUCUCCUCAGGAUACUCUGUACAGAAGGAUGCAGAGCGAGCAGCUAAAUGCAGGGAGAGGGGCAACUCCAGCUUCAAGACCAGAGACUACACUGCAGCCGCUCUGCACUAUUCACAGGGCAUAUGUUUCGCUCCUCAAGGAUCGGAGCAGCUGUCUCUGUGCUAUGCCAACCGCUCUGCUGCGCUCUACCAUCUGCAGCACUGCCAGGAAUCCCUUGAUGACAUUGACAAAGCUCUAAAGAAUGACUACCCCUCUCAUCUUCUACACAAACUAGAGGACCGUCGCACACAAUGCCUCAUGCACCUCUCUGUAGGUCAAACGGCAGAAGAGGAUCAUCACCAUCUUGCCUCAAAGAAUCACAAAGCUCCAGACAGAGUACAAGGAGCCUCUGCUGGACUUCUCACAUUUGGGAUUUGUCCUCAAGCUUCUGUUGGUUUGAGCUCGGAGAAAGGUCGGCACCUUGUGGCUGCAGAGACAAUAGCAGCUGGAGAGGUGAUCCUUCAUGACAGGCCGUACAGCUGUGUCCUCAUACCAGGGAUGGAGGAAGUGAAAGGGGAGGGAGGAAGGCAGGACGCAGAGAGAGGAGUGUUGUUUGGAGUGGAGCACAGGCGCUGUCACAGGUGUUUGACUGAAACACUGUGUCCCGUGCCGUGUGAGGGGUGUAGCUACAGCCGGUACUGUUCGACUUCCUGCCAGCGAGACGCCUGGGAGGAACACCACUGCUGGGAGUGUCCGCUGGGAGCAGAUCUGAAGAUGAUGGGUGUGAUGUCACAGCUCGCUCUGAGGGUAACUCUAAAGGCGGGGUUAAAAAACAUCCAAAUGGCCAGGGAUCCAAUCGGAGACGAGCGCACAGAGUCAGAGCCAAGCGGUCUAAAGGGAGAGUCCAGUGAUUCCUUUCCGCGUCACUCAAAUAAAACCGAUCCUUGUACUUCAUACUACGGUGACUCUUACCCGAGCGUGUUUCACUUGCGGCACCACCUGAAUCGUCAUAGCCCUGAUGUGCGUUUCCAGUGUGCAGUUACCAUAGCAACACUCUUCCUAAAGCUCAGCAAAGCAGGACCCCCACCUGCCUCUUGGGACCAUAGUAGACUCUUACGGGCAGACAGCCAAUCACCAGACAAGGAGGAAGGCAUUGCAGAUUGGAACUCGAACCUGUGGCUGCUGGGAAGUGCAGUUCUGAGGCACAUCCUGCAGCUGAGGUGUAACGCCCAGGCAAUUCUCAUGCUGCAAGAUACAGGAGCAGCAAACUCACCAGUGCAGUCCAGCAGGGAAAUCCGCAUUGCUACAGCAAUAUUUCCAACUCUCAGUCUUCUGAAUCACUCCUGCUGUCCCAACACCAGUCUGGUGUUCAGCACUGGAACCAGUCUGUCUGCAGACUUCAGUGAGGGUGUGACUGAGGACCGAAGCACAGCCCGUGGAGUCACUGUGACUAUCAGAGCAUCUAAAGGUAUCACUCCUGGACAAGAGAUCCUGCACUGCUAUGGACCUCACAGCAGUCGAAUGGCAACCCAAGAACGGCGGCGUCUCCUGCAGGAACAGUACUAUUUCCUGUGUCAGUGUGAGGCCUGUACCCUGCAGCAGCAGCAGCAGGAGGAGGAGGAGGAGGGUUCAGAGGGCAGGCAGCAGUGGUCGGGUAUUGGAGGCAGACCCCAGUCUGGACUCCUGUGUGGCAAGUGCAAAGGAUCUCUCAAAAAAAGCAGCGAGGACGGAGGAAAGGGAUUUAUAUGUUCGCAGUCAUCCUGUGCUCAUCGUGUGUCUUUAUCUGAAGUGAUCCAAAGGCUGCAGGAGAUCAAGGUUGGCCUGGAGAAGGCUGUGGACCUCAUGGAAAGAGAGAGACCAGAUGAGGCUCUGAGACUGUUAAGAAGGACCCAGAGUCAGCCUGGACUGAGCCUUGCAGAGACGCACCCAGUACAGGGCGAGCUGGCAGAUGCAACAGCCAGAGCAUAUGCUACAAUGGGUGACUGGAGUAAUGCAGCCUCCCAUCUGGAGAGAAGUGCUGUAGCUAUUGGCUCCCAGUACGGAGAAGACAGCAUUGAAUUGGGUCGACAACUCUUCAAAUUAGCUCAGCUGCACUUCAAUGGUGGUGCCAGAGGCCCGGCCCUCUCUGUCAUCCCCAAAGUCAGACAACUCCUCUGCCUUCACAGUGGCCCUCUCUGUCACGAAUUACAGGAGCUGCAAGCUAUGGAGGACUGUCUACAGGGGUAGUGAUGUAUGCAUGUUCAACUCAAAAUAUGCAAACACUUCUUGUGGCCACUGAUUAUAUUACCGUUCAUAAGCACUUGUGUGUGUGUGUGUGCAUAUACGCAGGUGCUGUUAUAAUGAUAUACUAAUUCAGUCAGCAUUGAAUUAUACUGUUUCAGAAGUGACUUGCAAGUCUGCACAGCCAGAGCUCAGGUAUACAUGCAGUGGACGGUAGCUCUCUGACCUCUUGGUCUCUGAAUGUAUCCAUCUAUAAUUUCAAUUUCAUGCUUCAGUGAUAGUCUUGCAGUCUGAGGCAACGUAUACACCAGGUACGUCCUGCUUCCAUGUACUUCUCUGAAUUAAACUGAAGUAAAUGAG